GUUGGGUCGACAGUACAAACGUCGUGUGUGCAGUAUAAAAAGUUUCCUAAUAGUUUAUUUUUCAGUUUCGCAAACGGUCGCAGUUGCUAAACAUGGCGGUAGAAUCGAGAGUCACACAAGAAGAAAUAAAAAAAGAACCUGAGAAACAAGUGGACCGAGAAAAGACAUGUCCGCUUCUGCUGAGGGUAUUCACAACCAACAAUGGGCGGCAUCACAGGAUGGAUGAGUUUGCCAGGGGAAACGUUCCAGCAAGCGAGCUUCAGAUAUACACUUGGAUGGACGCUACUUUAAAAGAACUUACAAGUCUCGUAAAAGAAGUUCAUCCUGAAGCUCGGAAAAAAGGCACGCUCUUCAGCUUUGCCAUAGUCUACCCUGAACCUAAACGACAAGGCUACAGAGUGAAAGACAUUGGCAGCACGGUAUCAGGACGGAAGGGUAUAGAUGACUCAAUGACCCUACAGUCUCAACGUUUUCAAAUUGGGGACUAUUUGGAUAUCGCCAUCACUCACCCCAACAGAGCACUUCCAAUGCAGGGUCAUAUGAGACCAUAUUGACCUCGGGCCCUUUUUUCAUCUCCCUCUUCCUCCCCCACUUCAGUUCAUGUGCAGUGGAGUCAUGUUUUCCUACAUCCUUAUUGACUGACUUUUGUUUUAUCAAAUCUGUGCAAAGACAUUCGUGUCAAUCUUUUUACUGUCGACCUGUCAAGUUAAAAGCCAUGAGUAUGCCAGAUUUUUUUUUUUGUUGCCAUUUACAAGACUAAAGUGGGCGUUUGGGUGGCGCAGCGGUCUAUUCCUUUACCUACCAACACGGGAAUCGCCUGUUCGAAUCCCCGUGUUGCCUCCGUCUUGGUCGGACAUCCUUACAGACACAGUUGGCCGUGUCUGGGGGUGGGAAGUCCGGAUGUGGGUUGUGUCCUGGCUGCUGCACUAGCAGCUCCUCUGGUCGGUCAGGGCACCUGUUUGGUGGGAGGGGGAACUGGGGGGAAUAGCAUGAUCUUCCCACACGCUACGUCCCCCUGGUGAAACUCCUCACUGUCAGAUGAAAAGAAGCAGCUGACGGCUCCACAUGUAUCGGAGAUGUGGUGGUCUGUACCCCUCCCCGGAUCGGUAGAGGGGGUGGAGCGGUAACCGGGAUGGCUCGGAAGAGUGGGGUAAUUGGCUGGAUACAAUUGGGGAGAAAAAAAAGGGGGGUCUUCUUCCACUGGCAAUAUGUAUUUUGGAAUGACGUUUCAACUACACUCCAAAGAACUCAAAUGUAAGAGCAAAACCCAGGGCUAAACCGUGGCUUAGAAGAGGGGUUGUAUAAGUGGUGAAUUUGGUAUGAACAUUUAACAUUGUUACUAGUGGUGGGAGCAAAUCUUAAGUUAAAACACCUUCCAUUAAAGAGGAAGCAA